GGGAUAUUUAAUGUACUGAUGGUUUUUACUUAAGAAAAAUCAGGGUAUCUUCAAUAAGAGAGAGGAGACUGACACCAUAGCCACACCAGAGGAUGGAGAAAUCAAUUGCAAUGAAUGGAGGAGAUGGCCCCAACAGCUACACCCAGAACUCCAAGCUCCAGGAAGCAGGAUCAGAUGUGGCAAAGGUGUUGUUAAGCAAUUCAAUAAAAGCAAAUCUUCAAAUUGGUAGCUUCUGUGAAGGUAGCUUCUGUGAAGAUUCUAACCAGAAAGCUUUCACUAUUGUUGAUUAUGGCUGUUCAGUUGGACCAAACACUUUUGCUUCUGUUCAAACUAUAUUGAACUCAGUCCAGCUCAAGUUCAAGAUUCAUGGCAUCAAGUCAAAAAAACCGGAAUUUCUUGUGUUUUUCAAUGACCAUAUUAGCAAUGAUUUCAACACCCUCUUCCAAGCCCUUCCUGUAGACAGAAAAUACUUUGCUGCAGGAGUGGCAGGCUCCUUCCAUGAACAAUUAUUCCCCAAGGCCUCUGUUAAUUUCGUGCAUUCGGCUUUUGCGCUUCAUUGGUUAAGAAACGUUCCUGAUGAAGUGAUGAAAGUAGACUCAGUUACAUGGAACAAGGGGAGAGUUACUUAUGUUGGGAGUCCUGAUGAAGUUGUUAAGGCUUAUGCUGCUCAAUUUUCAAGAGACAUGGAGGCAUUUUUGAAGUCGAGGUCGACGGAGAUGGCAGAAGAUGGAUUGCUGGCCAUUCUGAUGCCAUGCCGGCCUGAGGGAACCGCCCCUGCUGACUCUAUUCCAAUGCAAGUCUUUGCUUGUUUGGGUUAUGCACUUGGAGAUAUGGCGAAGGAGGGUAUAGUGGAUGAAGCUCUUGUGGACUCGUUCAAUCUUCCCAUUUUCAUACCAACUGCAUCUGAAGUAAAAGAUUUGGUUUCCAAAAUUGAUUGUUUCAGCAUUGAAGAGGUUGAGGAGACAUAUUACCCACCCAUGCUUAGUACUCCUGAGGAUGCUCAGCGUCAUAGUGCACAUCUCAGAGCAGCCAUUGAAGUUAUCCUAAGCAAGCACUUUGGUUCUGAAGUCAUUGAUGAACUUUUCCAAAGGUACGCGGCGAAGAUUUUCGAAUUCUCCAAGAAGCCUGCCUUUACCCGAAUUGAGAAGUUGGAAAAUUUGUUCAUGUUUGUUAAGAAGAAUGCAGUCUCCAACUAACAUUCCAUUUUACAGUGUGGAGGAAUUUUCUCGCUGCUGUUGUUUCCUGAUGUUACUGUUGCUAUCAAUCUCAAUUUUCAGUGUCAAUUUGUAUUAUCAAGACCUUGAAUCCACGGCAAUAUGCCAACUUGUUCCAUUUUUGCACCAUUUACAUACAUAUAGCAGGUUUUGUUUUA